GGCUCGUCCCUCAACCGGCACCAGAGGGUCCAUCUCGGGGAGAAGCCCUUCACCUGCUACACCUGCGGGAGGAGCUUCACCUGCAACUCCACCCUGAGGGACCACCAGAAGACCAACUGCCAGGAGAAGCGCUACAAGUGCCCCAGCUGCGAGAAGCGCUUCACCUCCACCAGGUCCCUCAAAAACCACCGCAAGGUCCACCAGGAGAACGGGGCGUUCCGGUGCCCCGACUGCGGGAAGAACCUCUCGUCCAACUCGGGUCUUGUCAUCCACCGGAGGAUACACACCGGGGAGAGACCCUACGGGUGCCCCGACUGCGGGAAGCGCUUCAUGGCCAGCAAGUCCCUCGGCAAGCACCGCAAGAGCCACCGGGAAGACGCCGCCUUCGUCUGUCCCGACUGCGGGAAAAAACUCAUGUCCGAGUCCGCCCUCAUCAUCCACCGGCGGAUCCACACGGGGGAGAGGCCCUACGAGUGCCCCGACUGCGGGAAGCGCUUCAUGGCCAACAAGUCGCUCAGCAAGCACCGCAAGUCCCACAUGGAGGAGGCGCCCUACAAGUGCCCCGAGUGCGGGGAGACCUUCCCCAAAAACUCGGCCUACGUCGCCCACUUCAGGGCGCACCGGGGCCAGUUCGCCGUCCGCUCCACCCUCCUCCUCCACCAGAAGAGCCACGUCGGACCCAGGCCCCACGUCUGCUCCGACUGCGGGAAGGCGUUUCGGGAGAGCACCACGCUCCGGAGGCACCAGCGGAUCCACACGGGCGAGAAGCCGUACCGGUGCUCCUACUGCGAGAAGAGCUUCCGGGCCAGCUCCACCCUCAUCAUCCACCGGCGGAUCCACACCGGCGAGAAGCCCUACAAGUGCACCGAGUGCGCCAAGUGCUUCAUGUCCAGCUCCUCCCUCAUGAAGCACCUGCGGACGCACCUCCGCAAGGAGGGGCCGGGGGCUCCCAAGCAAUGA